AUGGAGGAGGAGGAGGAGGAGGAGGAGGAGGAGGAGGAGGAGGAGGAGGAGAAGAAGAAGGACUUGCAUGGGCCCGAGGGGGCUUUGGGCAAGAGCCCCUUCCAGCUGACAGCCGAGGACGGGUAUGAUAUCUCCUAUGUGAUGGGCCGCGAGCUGAUGGCCUUGGGCAGCGACCCCCGGGUGACACAGCUGCAGUUCAGGAUCGUCCGCGUCCUGGAGAUGCUGGAGACGCUGGUGAAUGAGGACAACCUGACGGUGGAGGAGCUGAGAAUGGAGAGGGACAGCCUCAAGAAGGAGGUAGAGGGGCUGCAGACCGAGGGCCCAGUGGCCAGCGGGGAGGUAAACCUGGGACCAGACAAAGUGGUGGUUGACCUGACAGAGCCCAACCGGCCACGUUUCACUCUAAAAGAGCUAAGGGAUGUGCUCCAGGAGCGCAACAAACUCAAGUCCCAGCUGCUGCUGAUGCAGGAGGAGCUGCAGUGCUAUAAGAGUGUUCUGAUUCCAAGAGAAGGCUCAGGAGGAGGAAGAGAAAACGAUGCCCAUGUCACCAGGCCUGGCAAUGCCAGAAGUAACGAGGAGAAGACCAUCAUAAGGAAGUUGUUCUUUUUCCGAUCCGGGAAGUAGACACAGGCCUAAGGCCAUGACGAAGGCAGGGGAUCUUGGACUCAAGAAGGCAGCAGGCCACGACUUCCAAACGCAUCUCUGCGCGCCACGUGUGUGCACUGUCCUUGCUCAUUUGUUUCCCCUGAAAGCCACUGAGGAGGAAGGAGGGGAGGCUC